GGCAAUACUGACUGGUGCACAUCUUGACAAGGUCUCCUAGCAACCUUUUCUAUAGAGCUGAAUGACAGCAGGAGCGGCCGGGUAAAUCGAUGAGCUUGCCUUGGGAGCCUAUAAAUAGGCAAAAUCAGAACACACAAUGGGUCAGAAGGUCACAGGUGGGAUAAAGACUGUGGAUAUGAGGGACCCUGUAUACAGGCCAUUGAAACAGGAACUCCAAGGACUCGACUACAGCAAACCCACACGUCUGGACUUGCUACUGGACAUGCCUCCGGUAUCGUAUGAAGUCCAGUUAUUGCAUUCAUGGAACAAUGAUGAUCGCUCGCUGAAUGUGUUUGUUAAAGAGGAUGACAAACUCAUAUUUCACCGGCAUCCGGUGGCUCAGAGUACAGAUGCCAUCAGAGGCAAAGUGGGAUAUACACGAGGACUGCAUGUGUGGCAGAUCACAUGGGCAAUGAGGCAGCGAGGCACGCAUGCUGUGGUAGGGGUGGCAACAGCAGAUGCUCCUUUGCAUUCAGUAGGGUACACAACGCUUGUAGGAAACAACCAUGAAUCUUGGGGGUGGGACCUUGGGCGCAACAGACUGUACCAUGAUGGCAAGAACCAGCCAAGUAAAACCUAUCCUGCCUUCUUAGAACCAGACGAAACUUUCAUUGUGCCGGACUCCUUCCUGGUGGUUCUGGACAUGGAUGAUGGGACACUGAGCUUCAUUGUAGAUGGGCAAUACAUGGGUGUUGCAUUUCGGGGACUCAAAGGGAAAAAGCUAUAUCCAGUGGUAAGCGCAGUGUGGGGACACUGUGAAAUUCGGAUGCGCUACUUGAAUGGACUUGACCCUGAACCACUGCCUUUGAUGGACUUGUGUCGGCGAGCUGUGAGGCUUGCUCUGGGCAAGGAAAGACUGAAUGAGAUCCCUACACUGCCACUGCCAGCUUCCCUCAAGAGUUACCUGCUCUACCAAUGACCUUCAUGUUCAAGGAUAGAGAGUUGGAACCAAGGCAAAAUAUUGGAGCUGACCCACUGGGCAAUGGGUUCUCCACCCUCAUGUCAUCGCUACUGUUGGAACUCCUCAGCCAAAGUAUCCCUGCCACUGCUUAAGCCUCCAGGUGCCCUUAUUGGCAAACUCUCAAGUAAUCCUUGUUUCACAACUGUUUUGUUCUUUGGAAGUCACUUCCCCAGCACACUUACAAAACGAACACUUUCAGAAGCUCUGUGCUUCCCUGCUUCUCCUGAGAAAAGGCUGUACUGCAUCCUCUGGGUUGUAGAACCUAGGAGGGAGUGAUUUUUCUGUACCAGCUAAAGGCAAGAACAUAAUCUGGGGAAGGGAAGGCAUUAGGAGUAGAAAUACUAAGACCAGGUCCUAAGAAUGGAAAGGCACAGGGUGGCCAGCAGAGUUGGGAAGAGUCUGGAAUACCAAGAAGAAUUAAUUGCUGAGUUUUUUUUAAAAACCAAAAAAAACCCCACCCCCAAACCCUGAAACACCAAAACCAAGAAUCCUUCCACCAGGACACUUCUUAAUUUGGAGAAGGUGGUUAUGUCGCUGAUGUCUGUAUCUCUGCCAGGACUUCUCACCAUGUUCUAAUGUUAUUUCAUAGACAGUGAAUCUUGCUUUCUUGUUUAUCACCAUUGCUUUCUCAGUUGUCCUGCUCCAUUCUCUGUUCUGCCUCUUCUUAGUGGGUUUGACUCAGUUGAUUGAGCAGUCAUAGCAUGCCUUCACCUGCCCUCUUCUUGACUUAAAACUGCAAGUUUUAGUCUGGGAUCAGGGGUUCCUUGCUGAUGCGGGGACAGGGAAGGGACAAACUUCUCCUGCAAUAAGGUGAUACAGGCUGUAUGAGCUGAGACUUGUUACACAGCUAUAGGUCCUGUCAUCUUAGGUCUGCUUUCUGUAUAGCCUGUUUCAUGUUAAGGCUUUAGAGAAACAUACUAAUGUGUUUCUCUAAAGGCUCUGCCAGGGAAUUCUCUUCUUAGAUAAGCUGCUUAAAGUCAUCCAAACCAGGCUUUGUUCUGUCAUAGACCGUCAGCAUAAUCUCCACUUAACUAUGCAGCAUUCCCUCUUUCUUGCUUGGGGGUGGGAAGUUGUCCCAGAGAAAGUGGUGGCAGUGUGGCUGCAGAAGUACCAUCAGCAGAUGAGAAAUCCAGAAGGUGAUUGCUGCGGAAUGUAACUUGUGAGACUUUAACAGAGGCCAGUGGAGUGAUCUUCAGGUACAGCAAGAAGAAACUGAACCUCUCCAGAGCUGGGGGUGGGGUGGGGCAGGAGAGAACUGCAAUAACAGGACAAGCAAUUCAGGCAAAAUCAGCACAUCCCAAAUAGAUUAUCACCUCAGUAGCCAAGUAAAGAGGAUGACACUCCUUUACUAGCAGGAGCUGCUCUCUUGACCUAUCCACAGGUUACUAUGCUGCCUUUCUGGGGUUAUUUUGCACAUUUCUUUGUCUUGAAAAAUGUUUGUGUGGUUGGUUUUUUUGCUCUUGAGUUAUCCCUUCAGUUCUGUGUAGGUACAAAUGAGUUUAGUUGUUGAAAAUGUUAAUAUAUAUAUAUUUGUGGUGUAUGUAUAAGAACAUGUUUUAAACAGCUGCUGUAGGGUACCUUUUUUAAAAUAAACUACUUGCAUAGUAUAUUUUUUAAAGCACAGAAUUGGUGCCAAGACUGGGUGGGGUGUGAUGUGCCCCUUUUUUAAUCUAAUAUUAUAUGAUUUUUUUAAUGUAGGAGUUUGUACUAGUUUCUGUUACAGGGUGGGACACAAGAAAAAUUCAGUGUGUAUGGAGCCCUACUUGGUUGCCUUCAACUUGAACCAGUGUCUUCCAGAACUCCAGGGAAGCGGCUGUGUUCUCCCUACUUCUAAUGCUCUUUGUGCUCCCUUGUUUCCAUCUCUUCUCACUUCACCAGUAUGUUGCUUUGUACAGUUUUAAAUUCUGACUAUUUUAUGACUGUAGAUAAUACUCAGUAACCUAAUAAACUUUAUUAAAUAUUA